UAUAAUAACAAACACAAAUGACAAGUAAAUAAAAACAGGGAAUUUUCACUUUUUAGCAAAAUAUGACAUUAUAUAAUUGCUAGUUAAUAGUUGAACAAUUUAGUGUGACCAAUUAGUGAUCUGUAAUUCUAAUUAGAUUGGUGUAAAAAUAUACAAUGGAGCUCCCCACAACAAAAGAAGUUUACAGACCUUAUUUCAUCCCUAUUCAAAAAAUGGUAUUGUACGAGACUAGAAAUAGAUUUUUUCUGGUUGGAUCGAACCAAACGGAAACAAAGUUCCGGAUUCUAAAGAUUGACCGGACAGAAUCGAAGGAGUUGGUCGUAGUAGAAGAUCAGGCGAGAUACACUUCGAAGGAGAUGAAGGAGCUUUUGGCGACCAUCGCUUGUGUAAAUAAACCCAAAAAUCCUGCGGGUCUCGUAAGGGCAGUUUCGGCUUUUGGAAUUGUGGGCUUUGUCCGAUUUUUGGAAGGUUAUUAUGUCAUUCUGGUGACGAAAAGGAGAAAAAUUGCGACCGUUGGGUACCAUUCCAUUUAUAAGAUUGAGGAUACUGCCUGUCUGUACAUUCCCUCGGAUGGACCAUCUAAGAAUCCGGAUGAAAUUAGAUACUUAAAGCUAUUUCAAAGCAUAGAUUUGUCGAGUAAUUUCUAUUUCACGUACAGUUAUGAUCUGACCAAUAGCUUACAGCAUAAUAUUACUCCUCCACAAAAUGUUGUCCCAGGAAAUAAAGCGCAGAAUCCAGAGCUAAUAGCUGGGUAUGCCGUUAGCAAUCAAAUUAACAAGAAAUAUGUUUGGAACGCUAAAUUGUUGGAACCAAUGGAAGGGAUAUUGCAUCCGAACUGGUUGCUUCCCGUAGUCCAUGGGUUUGUGGGACAAUCAAGUGUUUGUGUUUAUGGAAAAACAAUUUACUUGACAUUGAUAGCAAGGCGAUCUGCAACCUAUGCAGGGACACGAUUCUUGAAAAGGGGGGCAAAUUUCCAAGGAGACGUUGCCAAUGAAGUAGAAACUGAGCAGAUUGUUUUUGAUUCAAGUGUUUCUAGCUUUACGAAAGGACGCUUUACAUCAUUUGUGCAAAUGCGUGGAUCUAUUCCAGCUCACUGGAGUCAAGAUAUUGCCAAAAUGGUUCCAAAACCACCGAUCGGAAUAGAUUUAGCAGAUCCUUAUGCAGAAACUGCAGGAAAACACUUUGGAGAACUAAUUUGUCGAUUUGGUAGCCCUUUGGUGGUUGUGAAUCUAGUCAAGAAACGAGAGCGUAAAAAACAUGAAAGUAUCCUUACAGAGGAGUACACUUCGGCAAUAAGGACAUUAAAUCAGUUCCUGCCUCCUAAACAUCGCAUAAUUUAUGUGGGAUUCGAUAUGGCUCGAACAAACAAAAUGAAAGAAAAGAACGUCCUAUCAAAACUUGCAGGUAUUUCUGAACAAGUUUUCUGCAAAACAGGAUUUUUUAUGACUCAUCAACCCCUUGAGGCGUGUGUUACCUCAACAAAGAAAACAAUGAAUAAUUUGGUUUAUGACGGUUGCCUGUAUGGAAGAUUGCAGACUGGGAUUGUUAGGAUAAAUUGUGUGGAUUGUUUGGAUCGUACUAAUACUGCUCAAUUCGCUCUUGGAAAAUGUGCCUUAGCUCAUCAGUUACGAGCACUUGGGGUUGUCAGUUCUAAUUGGGAGUUAGAGUUUGAAUCAGAUGCGAUACGAAUGUUGGAAGAAUUGUAUGAAGACCACGGCGACACCUUAGCAUUACAAUACGGUGGUUCUCAGCUUGUUCAUCGGAUUAAUACUUACCGGAAAACCGCACCUUGGACUUCACAAGGAAAUGAUAUUAUGCAAACUCUUUCGCGAUACUAUUCAAACACAUUCUCAGAUGCUGAUAAGCAGAACGCAAUAAAUCUAUUUCUGGGAAUGUAUCAACCUUUCAACGAAACUAUUCCGUUGUGGUCACUGGAAAACGAUCUUCAUUUACAUUUAAAGAUGGAACUUCGAUUUACUAACAAAAAUGAUAAACUGAGACAACUUACAGAGUGGUUUCCUGAUAGUGCCUUGGCAUCAUUGCCGUUUGCUGUUUAUGAAACACAAAAGACUUCAAUUUUACUUCCAUGUGAAGACUGGGAAGAUAUUGACCCAUAUUCAGAUUUGUAUAGACCAAAGUUUUUCAUUCCACUUUCAGACAUGUAUGCAUUCAAAGUGAGCCAUUCCAUCCGUGAUUUCAUGCCAAAUUUUACUACAAAUUUCAGUCCAUUUGCAGUAAGAAUUCGACCAGGCAAGAGACAAGAGGAAAGUUCCAAUAAGAAAUCAGCAAAACUUUUGUCUUUCAAAAACCCAUCCAUUAUGGGGCUAAGUUCUGCUGCAAGUACAAAUUCUACUACGAGUUCCGAGACGGACUACUCUAGUGAAGACAUCCACUCUGGAUACGUUCCCAAAGAUUGGAAUUUCGUUCCUGUUGUUCCGCCAAUUGUACUCAGGUCAUGCUUUAGCAGUGAAGACAUGAGCUCCAGCAUGGCCAGCAUGAAUGUUACGUUAAACACGGGUGCCGGAAGUCAGAAUAGAAAUCUAGCAUUUUCAAGGAUUUUUGGAACUAUGAAAGAUUCGUAUGGUGUUGAAGUCAAGUCUCCUAGAAAAUCUGAUAUCAUGCUCUAUAAAAGGUUUGUCAACUUGCAAACUUGUCAAAUGGAGUCGAAGAUGUUAUCCCCAGGUCCGUCAAAGUGUAAAUCCCCGUCAAUUCUUCCAUUGAGCGCAUUCUCAAAGGACAGUGCCUUUAGUGUGACUCCACCCACAGUGUCUCGAAUUUCAAGGGAUAUUUACAAAAACUAUGUCAGAAGAGGGAAGGAAGGUGCUACGAAACCAGGACCAAGAGACAUGUCCGUGUAUUCUCGCUACAUUUCCAAGUCUGGUAAUCCAUUUCUCCAAAAUAAUUUUAGUAGCAGCAAACCAACUGUGAAACAUUCUAUGCUUGUUAAUUAAGAGUACGAUAAUACCUUUAGAUAUAUUCACCUAAUUUAUUAUGGAUGUAAUCCUGUGAUAUCAUUAAAUAAAGUUCUGUAGUGCUUUAAUAUAAAUAAACAGAUGCUAUGUCACAUGUAACAACGACUGUGAAGAUGAUUACUAAUGAAUAAAUACUACAUGAAUA